ACAGAAUCUUUAGAUCUCCAUUUUCUGCAAGAUUCCAAUGGCUAUGCAUUAGUAACAGACGGUAUUCCAGAUAUGAUGUCAUUCUCUGUUUGUUUCUGGGUUAAACUCAUUUACCGGUAUCCUGCGGGAAGCUGGAAUACUAUGGCAUUGCUUUCAUAUUCCAACUCCAAGUACGAUAAAGCUUAUCUCGUGAAUACUCAGGGAGGGUCCGUCAAUACCUACAUGGACGACAAAGAUUAUUCGUAAGUAAAACAAAAAAAACAAAUGCGGACCGGGCGAAUUUUUAAAGCAGCUCUGUCGCUCUCUUUUAGCACUGUUUGUGAAGCUUUUGUGGUGAUUUUAAGGCGAUGUCUUUAUCGUUUGAUCGUGAAUUUCUACCCUUUCUGCAGCAGUAGCCGUAUGGCGUUCUAGGUUUUAGGUAACUCUAGACCCCCCCCCCCCCCGGGGGUUACUUCCUUCUAAGAGGCUAAUGGGGAUGUGCCGCUAGAUGGGGUCGCAUUUUCACGACUGGAUUGACUAUAAUGGGGUUGUCUUCUCGAAAGAGUUUCAACAGAGUUACCAGAAUGGGGUCUCAUCUACGCGGUUAGCAAACGUACCAGAAUGUUUGUACUGUAGAUGAAAAGUAACUUGUUAAGUGUUCUUCAUUCAAUCUAAAAAAUGGGUCAAUUCAGUAAAAAUAGAAAGUGACUGAGUUAGGAUAGCGAAAAUUACAUAUUUGCCCAAAAGUGACUAAGAUGGGGUCUAUAAUUGGCCACAGAAUAGACGGGGCAGGGAGGCCAGCGGCAGAUACCCGGCAAAAAUUAGCCCAAGUACCCCCCACCCUCCCUCCCCCUACCCGGGACUCUAGCAUGCUUAGGAAAUCGCCGAUAAAUCAUAUAAAAAUUCUGGAAAGCUUGGGUUAUCAACAUCCAAGAAUAAAAUCGAGUUGACCUCCUGGCAGUAUCAUGCAUACACUCACUCUUACAAAUAGAUCGUAUCAGUUUCAGUAUUUCACAUAUCCAACUUCGAGGUGGGAAAUGGCACCAUGCUUGCCUCAUUUGGGACCAGGAAAAUACAAGAACAGGUACCUUCUUUGAUGGUGUUCAUAAAACGACAACAAAGCCGUUUAGACAAGGUAUGAAAGCCUAAGAGCACAAGUAGCCUUAAAGCGCACGUAUUUGUAUAGAUUUCAUAACCGCUCACCAAAUUAGUCCAGAUUAGCAGUUCGAAAUACAUGAUUAUGUGCCGCUGAACGAAAGGGUCACAUUUGAAAAAUUAAGCGUUGAAAAUAUGUUUUGGAAACGAAGUGGUUUGGUGAUCAUUAUCACCGCACAUGUUCGUGAGAAUCACUUCUUUAAAUUUAUUCAAAUUUAAAUAAUCAUUUAAAUACAACGCAUAAUUGAUAAUUGAAGAUGGGUAAAAAAUUUAACUUAGGGACGUUUACACGGCCCCGUACGAAUUUUCGACCGUUGUAAAUUUGUGUCAGUAUUCCGUUAACACGAGGCCACCCUUCCUUUGAAGUCAAAGUUUUAGCACUGUGCUGCGGAAAAUUUGAACUGCGCGGUGUGAAUACCUUACCGCUCUACGCAAGGGCAGAUGGCAUUACCACAGAAAAAAAUUAAAAUUCAAACUGGUUCGUCAGUUCCGUGUGAACAAUGCAAACUAUGAGACGUUUCUGAGUGAACGAAGUUUUCCUUAAAAUAGACCAAGUUUGAUACCGGUAUAUAUCAAAAUUCACUUGGCUUCGAGAUUUGGGGGAAUGAAACAACAAAAUCAUCUUGAGCCUGGGCAUUGAAUAAUGCAUUCCUUCGGUAUUCCCUCAGGCCUCGCUGCCGAAGUAUGAGUUUCAAUAUAUCGAAAUUGGUCUUGACAGACAUUUGAAAAUCUGGCAUAAAAUGCUUUCCAGCAGAGACUUUUUUCGCUCGGGCGAUUUCGGCGCACUCGAGAAAGACUAGAUGAAUCGAUGUCGUGCGCUUGGUGUUGAUAGUUUGCCUGUUUUUUUUUUCUGAUAGUGGCUUGGUUAUAACCGUCGGUUUAUCAGUAAAUGGAUGUUCGCUCUAAAACGAGACGAGAGAAAAAAGUAUGACGAGUCCAGAAGUACGGGCUGCGGCGACUUCAAAGGAUUGAACGAGCGAUUCAGAUAGAGCCUUCUUUUCUCUAGGAGGUUCAACGAGCUUAGCAUUAGUGAAGGCUACUGAAUCUGGUCAGCCAUGAUGGUUGUCUUUUUAUUUCAAUCAGAAAAAAUUCUCAAAGGAGGCGGUACAAUGGUCAUAGGUGCCAGGAUGCAACCAGAUGGAACACUCACUGAUCACAUGAACGGAAGCUUGAGUAACCUGAAUGUGUGGAACAAAUACCUCACGGCUGAUGAAGUGCAAAAUGUCUACCGCUCGUGUAACUUAGCAAAAGGAAAUGUGUUUUAUUGGUGUAGUCACGUGAUUAACCUCAUGACGAGGAUUAACGUCAGUAUGGUGUCCCCAUCAACGGCUUGUAGCGCUUCAUGUAAGUGUCAUCCAAAAAUUUCUUUGUAGUAAGACAGGAAGUUAAAACAAGAAUGAAAUUAGUACAAUGCCCUACAAGACACUCAACAAAUGUUUAAAAUGUUUUCGUUUCAAUCACCUAAAUCUUCUUGAAAAAUUUCUAUAACGUUUUUUUCUGUUUGAUUUGCAUAAAAUAUCAUAUUCCUUCUGGGCACCAGCUCGCCCUCCUAGCCGCGGAGCCUGCUUUUUCUUUCGAGGGGGGGUUGCUUGUUUUGGUGCAAUGUACUAAAAAAAAAAAACCUUUGCAUGAAUCGAGUACAAUCUAUUUUGAGCAUGCAAUGCAUAUUUCUAGGAUUCGGUUUCGAACCCAGGCCUUAAAGCCUUCUCUCACUCAACUGAACUAGUAGUCCAGAGGUUCGGGGCCGCAACGACUUAAAAAGCUUCCAUAUCAGUGACGCGAUUCAGGUAUGAGAGCCUACUUUCCUCUUCCUGGAUCACGAAGAAUACAAAAAGAUGCUCUGUUCGUAGGAUUAUUCCCUCUGUGUUAUUUAGUCUCUCUGUAAAACAUAUCAAAUCUGUUAUUUUAUUUCCAAGAGACCGCUCACAAGGAUAUAUCAGGGGCACCCAACGAGGAUAUAGUUCAAUACCACUUAACAUAGCAUUGUUGAACGUAUUUUAGUAUUUAAACGGUAGAUAUAGGCAUAUUUUUUUCCCCUAAAAACUUUUCAUCUUUUCCGAUUUUCUAGCUGAAAGUCUAGUGAUCCGAAAAUUAUAGGGAUCAAAACUUACCUUUUCAAAAAUUUCAGCUUCCCGAAAAUUCUAGGUGGCCUUUUUUAGGGUAAAUAUCAGUUUAAAAUGGGUAAUUAUACCAUUUUGUAGACGUUCGAAAAUCCUAGGAGAGGCAGGCAAGCAAGAAAUUUUACAGCAAAUGUUCCGAAAAUUCUAGUUCUCAAAUCGUCCUCCGAACAGAUAUUUUCCCGAAAAUUGCCGUUGGGUGCCCCUGAUUUUUUGUUUCGUCUUUAACGUUGCUAUCAGAUCCCUGGCUUUAUCUUCAUUCUUGAGCCUGAUACUCAAAAUACUAGUCAAGAAAUUUUUGCCGUUUGGACAGCUAGCUGGUCAGGGCAACUUACUGAACUUGUAAUUUAAGUGAUUAUCAUCAACCUGCCGUUCAACAGUUUUUGGAGUAUUUAUAUGGGGUACAGUAAUGACAUCAAGUAGUUUGUAUAUCGAUUACGCUCUAAGUGGCAGAUAACCUGGGACGCAGUUACCACCCUGGCUGCAGUUCAAACACGAGCAGCCAGUGGAAGCCGUUGACACGGAAGUUAAAAACCGUGAUUGAACAAAUUUCUUUCUUUAUUCAUUGAUAUUUUUUAGCUUUUUUUUCAUUAUUAUUAACUGAAUAUUACUCUGUAUUUUAGAUGCCGAUGGGAUGUUUACAAGUCUUGAACACUACAAGCUAAUGGGACACCACAUAUCUGUUUAUGAAGUGAUGGACGCGUUAGUCUGUGCGUCACACUGCCUUCGGACCUGUCGCUGCCAAUCGUUUAAUUUAAAAAGGCGACCGAAUGGUCGAAACCUUUGUCAUCUUAACAGCGGCAGUAGAAAUGACUUUCCUGAUGACUUCGUUUUUACAAAUCGGGAGAGAUACACUUACUACGAAAGAGUGUAA